GCUAACGCGUCUCAGCUAGCCCGUCUGACAGAUCUUGCAUCGAGCUGUCUUGGCUUAAUAUCUGCAAAAUUACUGCAACAUAUUUCAGCUUUGCCGGCAUUUGUAUUAAUCGAUGCAAGUGCCGUUUGUAGGAACGGCGCUAGAGAUUAAAAUUGUGUGUUUCCUUGGGUGGUAACUUCCUCCAUAAGUUAGCGUUCACUGGUAGCUUGCUAGCAUACGUGAUUGCGCUCUGCAGCGGAGUGUUGUUAGCCGUCCUGUAACGUUAGCGUGCUAACUAGCCAACACCUCACUGGCAGAACCUCUUCAGAGACGCUGUAUUUCAUAUAAACGUUAGGUUACAUUAAAUGAUAAUAUAUCAACAUAUCUAAUGGGAAGUUUGACAGCAGGUUUAAGUAGCGUUUUUAGCAUCUGCACUAUUAAUUCAGGCCCGCUCCGUGUUGUGUUGCUAACGUAACGUAAGUUGCUAAAACUUGGAUGAAAAACGGUAACUCGUGGGUCAUUCAGCAUCGUGUUUCCCUCUUUCGGGGUUCUCCGAGUUAGCCGAAGGACAAGUUUUAUUGUUUUUACAAACACAUAUCUCAAGCUCAUGGGUGGUGCACAUUUUAUUUCGCAGUGUAAACAGGAAUGAGCCACGGAAAUGGCCAGAAACUGACAUGCUAGCGUCGUUGACCCAACGUAGCAGGACAGCCAACGCUUUAGCAUUUACAGCUGAUGGGGGCAUCCCAGAAGCAAGGAAGGCAGCAGCAUUCAUGGAUAUUGUGGACACCUUUAAUCAAUUAAUACCCAGUGACCAGUUGGACGAGUCCCUGAUAGUAGGCCAGAAUUUGGAAUGUGAAGCCAGUAAUGAGUUAGGUACAGGACCCCGACUGGAAGAUUCACUGAAGAAUAUGCUCAGUGACAAGGAUCCCAUGUUUGGUUGUGCAGGCUCUCAGUUCAAUCUGCUGGACAAUGAGGACCCCGCUUUUCAGAUCGCUGGCACAACAGCUCUCGAGGAAGGUUCAGCAUCCACAGGCCUCAGCAGUGAACCGACAGUUGCAGAGCCCACAAAAGUGAAGCGACCUGUCGGCAGGCCGAAGAAACGUCCACGUAAUUUAGAAGACAAGCCUAGCAGCGGUCCACAGCCUGCCAACACAUCGUCCAACACUGCUGCCCGAGGACGACCGGGAAGGAAACCACUGAACAGGCUACAGAAGUCGUUUCGUAUUGACAAAGGAGUGAAAGGCGCCCAGCUGAAAAAAGAAUUAACUCUGGGAGGGCGUGUUAAUGUCAAACAUCUUGAUGGUGGAGUGUGGCUGAAUCCUUCAGUUGUGUUGAGAAGGUUGACUGUUACAAUUGGAGGUUUUAAGAUUGAGCUACUUCCUGGACCCUCUUAUACACAUAAUGUGGACAUGAGCCAGUCGGCAGUCCUUGACGAUGGUCUAUCUUAUGGCAGGGGCGUUGAGGUGGCUGUGCUGCCAGACAAUGCUGUUAGUGCACAGAAUCCCACAGCUGUCAACACGGCAGAGGUGGCUGUAACGGAGAAGAGCUCUGCUGGUGAUGCAGCCCAAGCGCUCGGCCCGUAUGUGAAUCCUAACGACGUGCAGACAUCCAACGGGACAUUAGUGGAGAGUGCCUGCACGCAGGAGACAAAACUUGACAAUCAGAUUGUUCCAGAAAAACAGAAGCAAGUCAGUAAAGGCAAAGAAGACAUGAAACAGCCACAAAGCAAUGAGAAUAAUACAACUGCUGUUAGUAAUAAGAAUGACGGUAAGGAAAAACAGCAGAGUGUGGCCAAAACACUACUCAAGUCCAAACAAGGACCAAUCUCGAACAAGAGCAAGGACUUGGUUUUAGCUAAACCAAACAACACGAUUAAGGGACAAAAAUUAUCGCCAAGCACGCCAUCCGCGAUCAUCCAGAGAGAAGACCUGCACAAAAUGAAAUCUCUGAAGGAAAAGAAAGACAUCGCACCUUUGAAAAGGCCUGCAGAAAACACCCAAAGUGAGCAUGCGACUAAAAUGCAAAAGGUGCAGGGUUCGGGAGACGGUAAAACGAAGCCAAAAUCGCCAAUUUCACCCAGCUCCGCAGUGAAGAAGAUCCCAUCAUUAGGUACUCGGAUCGAUCAGCAGGGACCGACCAAACCUAAUCAUCCUCAAAAUAGCUCCAAAGUUGAGACCACUCACCCGGCACAAAGUCGUCCAGUCUAUCCAGUAAAGACACCCGAUGAGGGAGGUCAGGAGAAGGCCAAACUGAAGAAGCCAGAAAAGAUUCUUCAAAGGCAGAAAAGCAAAACUGCGAGGAGCAUCUCUGUGGACGAGCCGCAGCUGUUUAUUCCAGAUAACGCGCCCGUUGUGAAGAAGGAGACUGCUGAGGAGCAGCCUGCUAACAGUGAGACCGCAUGGGAUGGAAACAACUGUUGUGGCCUGUGUAAAAAGCACCACAAUAACAUGUUCAUGGUGGGCUGUGGUCGCUGUGACGACUGGUUCCACGGCGACUGCGUUGGCCUCGAUCUGACGAAAGUGCGAGAAAUGGAGGAGGAGGACCAGAUGUACGUCUGCUUGAAGUGCUGCGAGGAGGAAAGCAAAAAGGUGGAGCCUGAGCCCCCGAGUGCAGCCAAGCCUGAAGUACCAGCAAAGACUGAAGUACAGGAUCUUAAGUCACCUUCCAAACCCCGACCAGGACCCUCCCAGACACUCGCACCAGGGGGGGUCAGACCAGUAAGAAAGGAACCUGAUAGAAGGCCGACCACAGAUGUCAGAGAAGCGGCUCAUAAAACAGGCAUUCAGUUCAAACAAGAGACAAAAAGUAAGACUCCUUCUUCAGCAUCAAAGAAACCCGUGUCUGUUGAGGCAAUCAGGCGAAGUGUGCGCGAUUCUCUGAAAGAAAUCCUAAUACAGAGGUUGAAGGACUCUGAUUUGAACAUCUCAGUGGAGACGGCCUCUGAAGUUGCCAAGAAGACAGAGAGGGAGCUGUUUCAUCUGUAUAAAGACACUGACAACAAAUACAAGAACAAGUACAGGAGCUUAAUGUUCAACCUCAAAGAUACUAAAAAUAAUGUGCUGUUCAAGAGGGUCCUCAAAGGGGAAAUAUCUCCCGCUAACCUGAUUCGAAUGAGCCCGGAGGAGCUGGCCUCGAAAGAAUUGGCUGCUUGGCGAAAAAGGGAGAACCGGCAUACUAUUGAGAUGAUUGAAAAAGAGCAAAGAGAGGCCGAGAGACGACCCAUCACCAAAAUCACACACAAAGGUGAAAUUGAAAUUGAGAGCCAAGAACCAGCAAAGGCACCUGAGCCUGUUGAGGUUGAGUCUCCUCCCAAAGUGACUGAAGUCUCAGCAGAACCUCCAAAAACCCCCGAGAAGAAAGAAGAUAAAACCAAGGAAGAGAAAGACACCACCAAUCAACACAAGUCUCACUUAUUUGACCUGCACUGCAAAAUCUGCACAGGUCGUAUGGCGCCCCCUGUGGAAGAGGCAUCAACCAAAGUGGUGAAAGUUGCUACCACAGUGGUGAGGAGGCAGUCCACCAAAGCAGAAGAGACGAAGAGCACGACACCACCUGCGAUGGAUGAUGACCUGCACCUCACCGUUUUAGAGGAGAGCUUCAGAAGCGCCAAGUCAGGCUACGAAGGAAGGUCGGAGCAUACUGCUGGAAGAGAGGAAGAGGUUGCUUUCCUGGCUAACCUGAAGUUCCUGUGGCGCGGAUUCAUUCAUAUGCCCGCCGUGGCAAAGUUGGUGACAAAAGCUUUCCCCGUCUCAGGCACUGUGGACCACUUGACCGAGGACCUUCCAGACAGCAUUCAAGUUGGCGGAAGGAUAAGUCCACAGAUAGUGUGGGACUACUUGGAGAAGAUUCGGGCAACUGGAACAAAAGAGGUGUGCCUGAUUCGCUUCUCCCCUGAGACGGAGGAAGAUGAGAUCUCCUAUACUCUUCUCUAUGCCUACUUCAGCAGUCGUAGGCGUUUCGGGGUUGUGUCCAAUAACCUCAAACAAGUGAAGGACAUGUAUCUCAUUCCUUUGGGUGCCACUGAGAAAGUUCCUCAUCAGCUUGUUCCCUUUGAUGGGCCAGGUUUAGAAAACAACCGUGCCAACCUUCUCCUUGGACUCAUAAUUCGCCAGAGACCGAAAAGGGAUUUUCUACCUGUGGAUGUGAACGAAACCGCGAGGAUCGUCCCAGAGGUCAAGCCUAUCGCCGUAGCCACGAAAGAAACACGAGCAACAGAGGAGGAUGAGAAACUCUUCCUCUCUUCUUUGACUGCGCCACAUAAUAAAGAGAAGGACAAACCACUUAACACUACUGAAGAUGUUGAUGAGCCAGUCACGGAGUCUUUUGAAGAACCAUCUGCAUCAGAGGAGCCGAACAGUCAGGAAGCCCAGAAACCGCUGCGCUUUCUGCCAGGUGUGUUAGUAGGCUGGGGUGGGGAAUUGCCACCUCUGCCAGAUUUUGGAGGUAAACCUGCCGUAGCAACAGAUGACACCCAGAAGACCCAACCAGCUCCGAAAACAGACGCCUCAACUGGAAGCACAAAAAGUCCAACAGCAGCUGCGCCGCGAGAGCGCUUUGUCAUCAAGAAGAGAGAAGCUAAACCUGCCAAAGCUGAACAGGAGCUAUCCAGCCCGACUGAUGCAUCUGCUGUUAACAACUCAUCAGGAAAGGUUGCCGCAGUGGUGACCCAUGGUGCUUCAUUGUCUCUGAAAGAUAAGCCUCCAGAUGUAUCGACUGAAGCCUUCCUGGCAGGCUUGUCAACAGCUCCGAGCGGGGCUGAAACUAACAGCUCAGCAAACCAAAGCGACGCUGGCCUUUUGUCUGAAUCUGAAAAAGGAACAUCUGAAGGGAAUCCUUUGUCGCAGUCCCAGGCUGCUUCAACUCACACAAACAGCUCCAAACCUCUAAUAAGUGGAAUAUUGAAAAAAUCUUCAGCCUACGCCAGUGUGAAUGAAGACAAAACACCGGUGCUACAGAAGGAUAAAGCCAGCCUCCCCGCUCCUUUGAGUCCUAAACCUGUUCCUGUGUUGAGCAGCACUAGAAAUGAUCCGGUUACACCUUUUCACCAAGGAUUUUUACAGGUUUCUCAGCUCAAGAACAAACCCGAGAAAGAAAACCAAACAACUGCUCGAUCAUUCCCUUGUGAAACGGAGGGUCCUUGCACGUCCCAGGCUGGUGCUACAGUUACUCAGACAGAAGUUCCUCCAACAGUCCAAGGACCACAAGCAGAACCAGAAGCCUCUGACUCCACAAAUGCACCAGCUCCCCCAGUACAGAACAGCGCUGCACCUGUUCCAUCACAGCAGCAACAGCCUCAGGUAACCGGUAGCCUCGACUACCCAGCUGGCCCACACAGCCAGGACCAGAACCACAGCACACCGUGGGCUCAGGAGGGCACUGUGCACGCCAUACCAGGACUUGAGUCACAGCUGCCAGAGAACAUCUCGGACCCACCUGGCAGAGCCCCUUCCCUGUCCAAAGACCAGAGGCGCGCAGAUGAGCGACGCAGCGACUCGGGGGAGAGGCAGCGAAGCACCGAGGACAGAGACCACCACGGCAGGCACGGCCACUACAGGGACUCUUACCACGGGAAGAAGAGCAGACACCACGACCGGGAGCGGGAGAAAAAGCACGAUCGCGACGACAAGUACAGGGAGAGGAGCAGGCACCACGGACACUCAGACGACCGCUAUAGCGAGAAGAGGAAAGAGAGGCAGCACAGUGACGACUACAGCAGCCGACAUAAAGACAGACACAGACACAGACGGGACUCUGACUAUGAGAACGGACGGAGAAGUUCCAAAGACAGCUACUCAUAAUUGUGUUCCAUUUGCCCUGCGAGCGAGUGUUCAGGGCUCUGAGAAUGACUGUGGAGUUUUUCAUUUUUACACAGCUGUCUGAAGCUUAUAUGCCAUUUCCUUAGAAGUUCAGUUUUAUGUUAUUGACCGUACAGCCAAAAUGAAAUAUCAUUUCAGUUGGAUUAUAAAGACCUUUAUACAGCUGUUCUCUUAACACAGAGAAUCCACACGAAUUCACAAUGAUAUCAGAAAAUGUUUCAUGUUUUUAACCUUUUAUCGUAUAUAUUCUGUUCAUACUGAGCUGCUGUACUGACUGCAAAUGAUCGGCCAAUAUUUUCAGUCAAACGUGGAAAAAAAGUGUGGACCAUUUGGUUAAAGGUUGGCAUGAAUGUAACAGAGAAAAACAUUUAACUGAAGACAGCGAUUCCUAAACAGCAGCUUUGCUUUUUUCCAGCCUAAUUUCUUUUAAAUUGCUUAAAUAUUUUAUAAAACUUAGUUUCUAUUGAAAAAGUAUGUACAUUUUGGCUUGUAAUAUACAUUAGAGAUUACGUGUGCCUUUGCACUGAGUGUUUAUGUACAGUUCGUAAUAAAGCUAAUCCUUUUUUUAUGAUUGAUUAUAAAAAGAAUUCUCAUAUUUCUUUCUAAAUGUAUUAAAGGUUGAACCUGGAUACUGA